AUGAAAGAAAAAACUCAUCCUUUGCAUUAUAAGAGCGAAUUUUAUGAUUUUACAUCUAGGACUUUUAGAUUGUCAAAUGGAAAUCGAGUUCAGUGCUAAAUACCAAUAUUUUCAACUAUGAACCAAAAUUUUUUACCCACUUUAGAAGAAGAGUUUCAAAAUAGUUAAACAAAUGCUACAAUAUCAAUAUCUCAACAAUCAAGUAAACCAAUAUCAGAAGAAGAAGGAGACAAGAUAUUACAAAGCCUUUAAAAUUAAUGCGCAGAAUAUAGAACAAGCUAAUUUUUAUGGCAAUUUUGCUAUAAAAAAUAUUUAAGAUAAUUUGACGACAUAUCUACAAUACAGGAAGCUUAAAAAUAAGCAUUUGAAGAUAUAUAUGCUGGAUACCACACUUUUUAUAAUAACAUUACAAAUUUAACAACUUAAGAUUACAAUAAAACUUGGAAUAGCUAAAAUUACUUUGAAAUUGAUAAUCACUAGUAUGAAAAAAAAUUCAAAUAUGUUAACAAAACAUAUAUUAACUUUCCUCACAUACCUGCAUCUAAUAUUAGUGACGAUUUCUUUGUUAAAAUUUAGGGGCAUGUGAUACAGCUUAAUGGUAUUAAUACCAGUUAAAUCAGCAAUUCUCAUAAGUGGUCGAUAUCUUUUAACACAACCAGUGAAAUCCCACAAAACAAACUAUCAAGCUCCUUAUUUAAAAACAAAAAUGAAUUAGCUUCUAACGGCAAUAAAUAUUAUUACUAAUAUGAGUAUUUACUGCAUUUCUUCGUAGACAAAAAUUUUGCCUUAGCAGAAACAGAAUUUCCAUCUGAUAUUUAAAUAUCUUCAUUUAUAAUUAGACGUCUAUAGGAUAAUAAACUGUAGACAAAUUUAGAACUUCUCAGAAUAUUUAAUGGACAGUAUAUUUAUGGGAAAAAGCUUAAUGCUCUAAAGCACUUCAGCAGCAAUGAUCUUAUUAUUGUGCAUUUGUAUAAUCAAGUAUUUAUUAAAAAAAUAAAAAAGGUAUGGUACCAUAAUCUAAUAGAAUUAUAUGAAGACAGCUAGGGUAAAAACUUGAAAUCAAACGACUUCUUUAUCUAGUCAAUAUAAAUAUUCAACAGAUUUAAGAUUUAUGAGAUAUAAAAGACUGGUAACAUCGAUCAUUUAUUUAAGGGACAUAGUGAUGUUUAUUUUGAAUUUACAAAUUUUCCCAAAAAAGAAAGAUUUAUUUCUGGUAGAUUUCUAUUAAAUUAUUAAUACUUGAAUGCUAAAAUAGGAGACAAUUUAAUGUUCAUAAGCAAAAACAGCUAUUAAGUGAUAAAGAUCAAAAAUAUUAUUGCAGGGAUAAUUGAGUUAGAUCAAUCUUUAGAUUAUUUCAAUGGAUUUAUAAUCAAGGCAAAUUCUAUUAAAAGUAAGCAAACCUACUUUGACUAUUUCCCAUCUAACAAAAAUAUUAAAACACAAUCAAUUUUGCUAGAUUAAAGCAAAAAUUAUUUACCAAAGACACCACCAAUAAAUUGCAAAAAAAAAUAAUUCCCACUCACCCUUUCAUUUAAAAGCAUUCAAGAUGAAAUAUCCUCUGAUUCUCAAUUUUUACCAUUUACAGAUUUAGAAGGCUUUUCUUUUUCUGAAAGUGACUUAAAAUAUCAGCGCUUUUUCAGCUUUUUUAUCCCUAAAUUAUUGAUAAGAGAGGACUUUUCUUAGUUUAAAUUACUUAUUACAGAUAGUUUAGAAUAAAUUAAUGAAGGUGUUGAGGUUGUUCUCUCAAAUGAAAACUUAAUCCUUGCUUAUGAUGUCUUCAAUAAAAAAAAUAUAGUCUCAAAAAAUAAAAGAUAUGAAAACUCAACAUUGUAUGACACAACUGUUUGGAUUUUAUUAGACACAGAUAACACUCUACGACUCGGAUUUUCUUAGGUUAUUAGUCCUUCUAGCUAGGUUCUUUAGUUAUAAACAAAUUACACUAAUCUUAGACACUUUAGGAUCUUAACUAAACAUACAGUAAACUAUAAUAUAAAAUAUCCUUAUUUAGAUAUUAUUAGUAGACCUAUUGACUUUUCUGUUCUAAACCCUGAUAUUAUGCAAUAUAGAGGUCAAUCGAUUAGUCAAAAUUACUAUAAUGGGGAGUUUUGUUCAGUUAUUAAUGGGCCUCGUAGAUUUUAAGCUAAAUUUGUAUGUGGUGAAUCUUUUUUCUCAAUUCAAAGUGUAACAGAGCCUUCGACUUGUGUAUAUAAAGUUAUUGCAGAAACAUACUUACUCUGUGAAAAUCAUGUCUAAACAUAUAAUAUUCCACCUCCUCCUAAAAAUAUUUAUUGCAUUUUAAAAUGA